UUUUUUUUUUUUUUUUUUUCAUGCAUCAGACUGAGCGGGGCGGGAGACAGGGAGGAGAGUACAGUGGGUGAGGAUGCGGGAGACGCAGUGAGCGCGGAGGAGGAGGAAGAGGGAAACCGGAGGAUUGACGGCUCUGCUAUCGCAGCUGGUGGUGUGACGUCCAAACUCUUCCUGCCCAGCAUGGCUGUGUCACUGUGGUUCGUGAGAGCGUGCGUGCUCGCUCUGGCUUGUGUGGCCCCCUCCAGCCAAGCUAUGUCCCGGGCUGCCAUGCCGUUCGGCCUGCUGCGCCGGGAGCUGGCCUGUGAGGGUUACCCCAUAGAGCUGCGCUGCCCGGGGAGUGACGUGGUGAUGGUGGAGACCGCCAAUUACGGACGCACCGACGACAAAAUCUGCGACGCGGACCCCUUCCAGAUGGAAAACACGCAGUGUUACCUCCCUGACGCCCUGAAGAUUAUGUCCCAGAGAUGUAACAACAGGACUCAAUGUGUGGUGGUUGCCGGGGUGGACGUCUUCCCAGAUCCAUGCCCAGGAACGUACAAGUACUUGGAGAUCCAAUAUGAAUGUGUCCCUUACAUCUUCGUGUGUCCUGGCUCACUGCUCAGCAUCCAGCCAGCCUCCUCGUACCUGGAGACAGAUCAUCAGUCGGGGGCCUGGUGUAAGGACCCCCUACAAGCUGGUGACAGGCUGUACGUCAUGCCGUGGACACCUUAUAGAACAGAAGCGCUGAUUGAGUACGCCUCUUGGGAUGACUUCCGUCAAGCUCACCCUACCACUUCCUAUAAGUUACCUAGCCGUGUGGAUGGCACGGGCUUCGUGGUGUACGAUGGUGCUGUUUUUUACAAUAAGGAGCGAACACGCAACCUGGUCAAGUUCGACCUGCGCACACGCAUCAAGAGCGGCGAGGCGGUGGUGGUCAACGCCAACUACCAUGACACCUCACCUUACCGCUGGGGAGGGAAGUCGGACAUUGAUCUGGCAGUGGACGAGAAUGGCCUCUGGGUUAUUUAUUCUACCGAAGCCAAUAAUGGACGCAUCGUGGUCAGCCAGGUGAACCCGUACACCCUGCGCUUUGAGGGCACGUGGGCCACGGGAUUUGACAAACGCGGGGCCAGCAAUGCCUUCAUGGCCUGCGGCGUGCUGUACGCCGUGCGCUCGGUUUUCCAGGACGACGAGGGGCAGGCAGAUAGCCGGGCCAGCAGCAACAUGGUGGUUUACGCCUACGACACCAGCCGCGGGCAGGAGCUGCCCAUCCAGAUACCGUUCCCCAACCCGUACCAGUAUAUAUCCUCGAUAGACUACAACCCCAGAGACAACCAGCUAUACGUGUGGAACAACCACUACGUCCUUAGAUACCCUCUGCAGUUCACACCCCCGCCGCCCACUAAAGGGCCCCUCUCAUCACUGAUGACAACAGUCCGGUCCUACACGGCGACGGUUGCUUUGACCCCGGUGCAACCGUCGGCCUCACACCCAAUCGGCGUCAUCAACAGGGGCCCCUUUGACAAGGGGCCAAUCACAGCUAUGGUCCCACUGACCCCACGCCCCCCUCUGCGUGUCCCGAUAGCCCCUGGAGGGCCCGGUCAGGUGGGCGGAUGCGAGGCCCGGGUGUCACGAGGCGUCCAGUGGCCCCCAACCUUGAAGGGAGAAACGGUGGAGAGGCCCUGUCCGAAAGGAUCUCUGGGUAUCGCCUCCUAUCAAUGCAUGUCGUCUCCAGUUGGCUGGAACUCCAGAGGACCUGACCUUUCCAACUGCACCUCUCCCUGGGUCAGCCAAAUCGCACAGAAGAUUAAGAGUGGAGAGAACGCGGCCAACAUCGCCGGGGAGCUGGUCAACCUGACUCGGGGGCGGAUCUAUGCCGGUGACGUCAGCAUGUCCGUCAAGCUCAUUGAGCAGCUGCUGGACAUACUGGACUCCCAGCUGCAGGCCUUGAGACCAGCUAACAAAGAAUCGGCGGCACGUAAUUACAACAAGUUACAAAAGAGAGAGAAGACGUGUAAAGCUUAUGUUCAGGCGGUUGUCCAGACGGUUGAUAACCUGCUGGGUCCUGAAGCUUUGGUGUCCUGGGCUGAUAUGAGCGGUGUUGACCAGUCACGCUCUGCAUCGCUGCUUCUGGACGCGGUGGAGAAAGGAGCAUUUCUGUUAGCUAACAAUCUCUACGAGGGCCGAUUCAGCGACAGGGCACCCAACAUUGAUCUGGAGGUGUAUGUACUCAAUACAGAAGCGGACAUCCAGGACUUGACCUUUCCUCAUUCCUACGACAGCGACAGCAUCCUGCAGAUAUCAGCACUGGCUCUGCAACAGUAUAGCAACAACGGCCAGGUGAAGUUGGUUCUUACCCUCUAUAAAAACUUGGGCUCCUUCCUGACCACCCAAAACUCGACCCUCCGCCUGGGUCUUGGGUUAAGCCAGGGUUCAGAGGCCAGACGCAAGAGCCUCGUGGUCAACUCUCACGUCAUCUCCGCCUCUGUGCACAGAGGAUCCAACAGAGUGUACCUGACCGAACCAGUGAUUUUCACUCUCAGACACCUUCAGCUGGAGAAUCACUUUGGUCCUAACUGCUCUUUCUGGAACGCAUCAGGAGUUUCUGGGAGUGGCAGGUGGUCCACACAGGGCUGCCGUCUGUUACACACCAACAACACGCACACCACUUGCGCCUGCAACCAUCUGUCCAGUUAUGCUGUCCUCAUGACGUACCAGCAGCCCUCCUUCGGGGCUGGUGUGGAGGAGUUCUUGGUCUAUGUAGUUUCCUGGGUUGGUAUAUCGGUUGCACUGGUGUGUCUGGCCACCUGCCUUAUCACACUCUGCUGCCAGGGGGCGCCUUGGCACACAGACCACAGCACCAUCCACUGCAACCUGUGGGCCAAUCUGCUCAUCACAGAACUUCUCUUCCUUAUCGGCGCCAACAAGACUAAGUACACUGUCGUGUGCUCCAUCACUGCUGGCCUGCUGCACUUCUCGCUGCUGGCAGUGUUUUGCUGGCUGUGUCUGGAGGGGGUGGAGCUGUACCUCCUGCAGCGGGAGGUGUUCGAGGGACGCAACUCAAGGAGGAAGUACUUUUACCUCAUUGGCUACUCCGUUCCUGGGCUGGUGGUGGCUGUGUCUGCAGCUAUUGACUUCCGAGGUUAUGGCUCCAUAACUGCAUGUUGGUUGCGGACUGACAAUUACUUCAUCUGGAGUUUCCUCGGACCUGUGGCCGUCAUUAUUACGUUAAAUCUGGUCGUUUUGGUGAUGACCCUGCAUAAGAUGCACAGCACGGCCGCACUGAAACCGGACUCCAAUCGCCAUGACAACCUGAGGGCCUGGGCAGUGGGCUCCUUGACGCUUCUAUUCUUGCUGAGCGUCACCUGGUCGUCCGGCCUCAUGUUCCUGUCCGGUCCGUCCCUCCUCCUGGCUUACCUCUUCUCCUCCCUCAACACUGCCCAGGCCCUCCUCAUCACUAUCCUGCACUGCACUCUCGCCAGGAAGGGUCAGAAGGAUUACGGCCGUUGCAUGCGUCUCUCUCAGUGUUGCGCGACUUCCUCGACCAGCUCUCCGGACUCAGUGAAAGGCGCUGCCCUUCGCUCCAACAGCCGCUACACCAGCAGCCAGGGUCGCAGAGCCACCGCCAACAGACAGAGCCGCAUUCGGAGGAUGUGGAACGACACCGUUAGGAGGCAGACCGAAUCCUCUUUCAUUGCUGCAGACAACAAUACUCCCACUCUGAACCGAGCUGCUUUGGGGAACCAUUUCCUUACAAAUCAGGUGCUGCAGACUCACGCUGGAGCUUCUCCUUAUGACACAAUGCUGGCCCAGGGAUACAACCAACCAUUUACAUCCACUGAGGGCAGUGUGUCUCAGAGCCAAGAAUCGUGUGGGUUGGACAGCGUGUGUCUCAAUGGAGGCUACACCCCCAACACCUUCACCCUGCAUGGUCUGGGGACAACGCCUGGCUCUCGCGCCGGAGUGGUGGGCAGCACUGACCUUCUGAGAGAGGGAGGAGUUGGGAUCGGAGGGGAGGACAUCUCCCCGGGCCUCCUCACGCCGCACGGGGCCUCGGAUCUGGGCGGCGGGGCCGGCAUGCGCCGCAAUCUGUCCGACGCGGCGGCGCUGGAGAAGAUGAUCAUCUCCGAGCUGGUGCAGAGCAACCUGAGGCCCUCCGUUCCCAUGCCGGUUCCCCCCGAGCGCUACGGGAGCCUGGCGAGGCCGCACCACCACGACAGGGCCGCCGCCCUCACGCACGCCGCCACCCUGACCCGCCACGCGCCGCCGCCCCAGGAGGGCUGGGCCAACAACACGCAGCCCGCCACGCGCCACAACGCGCAGGAAGGGUGGGCGCACGCCAGGCCGCACACGCAGGACGCCGAGAUGCACUCCGCCGCGCGCGGGCAGGACGCCGCCACCGCGCCGCGCUCGCAAGACGGCUGGUCGCACGCCGGCCGCGUUUCCGGGGACCCCGAGCUCCUGAAAGACGGCGACCGGUCGCAGAUGCAAGGUACGCUCGGCCGCCGGGGGCUUCAGGACAGGCAGCAGGCGCGUCCACCCGACGUCCAGGCUCGGCCCUACUCCACCCUCAGCCGCACCCCGGGAACUCUGUCCCGCCACCGCAGCACGCUGGAGUCGAGCGGAGGGGCGGACAGGGAUAGAGAGAGGGAAAGGGAGAGGGAUAGGGAUCGCUACCGGGACAGGCCGCUCCCGCCCCCUCCACCGCCCCCCCCACAGGAGUCGGAGCCCCUUUACAAGGCCCUCGAAGAGCCGCUGCUGAUUAAACAGAGAGACGCCAGCAUAGACGCAUGGAGAGGUGGCCAGGAGAGAGAAAAGGAUGAGACAUUUCUGCUGAAAAGAGACACGAUGAGUGAUGAAUGGAGGGGAGGAGCCGAGAGGGACAGAGAAAAAUCCUUUGCCUCUCAGAAGCAAGACAAGGAGAUGGAUGAAUGGAGAGCCGGCAUUGAGAGAGGGAGAGAGGAAUCUCAGAUGCUGGAGAAGAGAGACGGAAGGAUAGAGGUCUGGCGAGGAGAGACGGAGCAGGAAGAGACUUUUAUAACUCAGAAAAAAGAUUUCGGGAUGGACAGAUGGCGAAGCGGAAUAGAGAGAGAGAACGACGAAUCCAUAUUUCUGAAGGACAGAGAAGGUUGGAGGGCAGGGAUUGAAAGAGAGAACGAGAAACAAAAGGAUAGAGCUCUGGAUGUGUGGAGAGGAGGAAUGGAUUUAGACAGGGACGAGUCUUUCCUGUUCGAUGGCAAAGAUGGAGGCCUGGAUGGAAAGAAGAGAGGGAUAGAUAGAGGUUCUCUUCGGUACCAUGGCGAUCGACAGGAUUCUGACAGCUUCACUCUGCCUUUGACUCCCGAUCUUGACCUGGAUCCCGACUCCUCGCCUAUCUACGCCCGAGAUUCAAACCCUUCCCCAUUGUACCCCGGAGACCGCCACUCACCUCCAAUCAGCAUUUUCCCCCGAAGUUCCCCGCCGACAAAUAUCUUCGCUCCGCGGGAAACUAACUCGCCCCCCAACAACCUCUACUCCCGCCACUCCCCGCAGGUGUACAGCCGCAGCAGCUCCCCGCCUCGGUUCUACACCCGCACCUCCCCCCCGACCCUGUCCUACCCGGACAGCAGCCCCGAAGGGCCCGAAGAGAUCAGUCCCACCGGCGGUCAGCCUCAGCGGCCAGCUCUGGAGCUGCCCUACGGCCUGGGGCGACCCCCGCUGGGCCCGCGGCCCAAUCACCUGCAGACCUUCUACCAGCCGCCGCCGUUGGCUUCCAACGGAGAGACAGGGUACUCACCGGAGCCCACCUCGGAAGGAGAGGACGGACAGAUGCAGCGGGUGACCAGUCUG